AUGGGUACCCGGCAGACCAAGGGCAGUCAAGCGGAAAGAGCCAGCCCCGGCGCAACACCCGGCCCUCGCCGCGAGCGGCCCGACUUCUGGGCGUCGCUGCUGCUGCGAGCCGGGGACAAGGCGGGGCGCGCGGGCGCCGGCGCUGGGCUGCCCCCCUACCACCGGCGCGUUGGCAUGGUUCAGGAGCUGCUGCGGAUGGUGCGCCAGGGCCGGCGGGAGGAGGCGGGGACGUUGCUGCAGCACCUGCGCCAGGACCUGGGCAUGGAGUCGACCUCACUGGACGAUGUGCUGUAUCGCUAUGCCAGCUUCCGGAACCUGGUGGACCCCAUCACACAUGACCUAAUCAUCAGCCUGGCACGCUACAUCCAUUGCCCCAAGCCGGAAGGCGAUGCACUGGGCACCAUGGAGAAGCUGUGCCGGCAGCUGACAUACCACCUCAGCCCACACUCCCAGUGGAGGCGGCAUCGGGGGCUGGGCAAGAGGAAGCCACAGGCCUGUCUCAAAGCUAUCCUGGCUGGGAGCCCUCUGGACAACACAGUGGACCUGUCAGGCAUCCCCCUGACCUCUCGGGACCUGGAGCGAGUGACCAGCUACCUGCAGCGCUGUGGAGAACAGGUGGACAUUGUGGAGCUGGGUUUCACAGGCCUUACGGAUGACAUGGUCCUGCAGCUGCUGCCAGCACUCAGCACACUUCCUCGCCUCACUACGCUGGCACUCAACGGCAACCGGCUGACCCGGGCCCUGUUGCGUGACCUCACUGAUGCCCUGAAGGACCCCAGCAAGUUCCCCAAUGUCACAUGGAUAGACCUGGGCAACAAUGUGGACAUCUUCUCACUGCCUCAGCCCUUCCUGCUCAGCCUGCGCAAACGUUCCCCAAAGCAAGGCCACUUACCCACCAUCCUGGAACUGGGUGAGGGGCCAGGCAGUGGAGAGGAGGCCCCAGAUGGGACACAAGAGGAUCCUGGAGGGGGCCCUUUGGCCCUUGCCAGAGACCACAGCAAAGACAUGGAACCUGUACCUGUAGCUCAGACGUUGAGAGGGAGACAUGCCUCACCCAGGGAGUCCUUGUAG